AUGCUUUUUGCAAUUACAUUACUUCUGGAAGUUACCUCCACCUUGGCUGGAGUUUUGGAACCCAUGAACUACUACCAGUACACCCAGUAUCAAGCUCCAAUCUCCUGGGAGGAUAUAACUGGAAAAGGACUAAAACAGGCUCUUGGAAGUUGCCAGCAGAGCUUCCAGUGGCAACGAUGGAACUGCCCUAGCCAGGAUUUUGUACAAAAGAACUCCAAGCCAGAAGAGAAGACUCCGAAUAGGGAGGAUGUCUAUGUGGCGGCCAUCUCCAUGGCAGCCAUAGUUCACACACUGACUAAGGAUUGUGCGAAUGGCGUGAUUGCAGGAUGUGGAUGCACUGAGAACGCCUUGAAUGUUCCUUGUGCCCAUGAACCCUCCAAGGCACUGGAGCAGUUCGUGAAGCAAUUUGGAACAGGAUCAGGAGCUACUGCUCACAAUCGACGUGUAGUUGGGGCUCUUCUAGAAAGAUCCCUGGAGCAGGAGUGCCGGUGCAAGCCAGGACCUGUGCAGGGCAACUGCCAGGAGGAGGAGUGUGUGGCUGUCCUCAAGCCCUUCGAAGCCAUUGCCCAAGAUCUCCUCCAAAUGUACGACGAUGCUAUUCAACUGGACAGCGCCAGUAGCAAUCUGAAGAUCAUGUGGGAGAACAUUCCCCUCGACUCGCUCGUCUUCAUGCAGGACUCGCCCAACUACUGUGAGCACGAUUCCCGGGGAUUGUGGAAGGGAACUCGUGGUCGCCAGUGCUCCAAGGAUGGCAGCGGUUCUCUGGAGGAGCGCCUCUCCUGCCAACAGCUGUGCCGCGUCUGCGGAUAUCGCGUUCGGUCACAGCACUUGCGAUCCGAGCGGAGGUGCAACUGCAAACUGGUCUGGGGAUUCCGACUCCAGUGCGAUGUGUGCGUCCAGCUGGAAAAGCAGUACUCCUGCUAUUAAAAGGAUGAUCCAUAAGGAAGCCGGGGCGCUGGUCGAGACCCAUGAAGAAAUAAUACCUUAAUUUAAGUUAAUUUAUUUCAACCCACCGCUAAUU